AUGACACGCAAGUUCGUGAAGCGUUCCACUCCUGACCAGUACUUUGAAGCCCUUGUGGCUGAGAUGGAAGGAAAUAAGAACAAAGAUGACCUGGUGCUGAAAUGGAAUGUCUCUUUCUCCAGUGAAAAAGAUGCUGGGAACCUAGGAGGAAGGGAGGAAGGAAAAAACAGUAACAAACUCCAGGAAGCAACCAAGAGCUCCACUCAGUGUUCUCCGCCAAUUUCCCAUUGGCCUGCAUCCUCAUUUCAGACCCCAGAGAAGAUCGGUGAGCCUCAGUCCCCGUUGACUAGGGUGGUUCCUGAGGAGAUGCCCACGUGCAUCUCCAGUCAAUCUACACCUCCUCACAGCAAUUCCAGAGAGAGUCCUGACCAGACAGCGAAUGUCUCCUUGCCGCAGAGUCCUUCGGCAUACCCUUUCAUUGACAUCUCUGGGACCCCAGUAGCAUCCUGGAAAAAGCUGCAACUUUAUGACUCUCCACGUACACCCAAGCCAUGUACAAGAAGUUCUAAGCACUUCCGAUUUACACCUGCCAUUAGCGCAUACCAGACGUCCCCAUCAAGUCAGGUCAAUGUGAACCCCUUCACUCCAGAAUCCUACAGGAGGAUGGUCUCUCAAUCCAGUGGCAAGAGGAAAAUAAGAGGAGAGUCUGAUGAAUCUGACUUCUCUGAAGACAAGGGAGUACAAGGACUGCCUGCCAAGAGAUGUGUCAUAAGAGAAAGCAACAUGGUUUCCCGCUACGAAAAAGAAUUCCUGGAGUUAGAAAAAAUUGGAGUAGGAGCAUUUGGCUCUGUCUACAAGUGCAUCAAGAGGCUGGAUGGAUAUAUUUAUGCUAUUAAACGCUCAACAAGACCUUUGGGAGGAUCCUCAAAUGAAACCUCAGCUUUGCGAGAAGUUUAUGCACAUGCAGUGCUUGGACAGCAUCCCCAUGUUGUCCGUUACUAUUCUGCAUGGGCAGAGGAUGACCAUAUGAUCAUUCAGAAUGAGUACUGCAAUGGUGGGAGCUUGCAGGCCGCUGUAUCUGAAAAUGAGAAACUUGGCUGUUUCUUCCAAGAGCCAGAACUCAAGAAUAUGCUCCUGCAAAUCUCCAUGGGGUUGAAUUAUAUCCAUCACUCGGGUCUGGUGCACCUGGACAUCAAACCCAGUAACAUCUUCAUCUGUAAAAAACAAGAAGAUGAUAUCGCAUAUGUCUCAGAAGAAGGGGAGAAUGAAGAUGACUGGUUCCUUUCUGCUAAUGUGAUGUACAAAAUUGGUGAUCUGGGCCUUGUGACUUCAAUCCAGAACCCCCAAGUAGAAGAGGGAGAUAGUCGCUUCUUGGCCAAUGAGAUUUUACAAGAGGACUAUCGAUACCUGCCCAAAGCAGACGUGUUUGCCCUUGGAUUGACAAUUGCUGUGGCUGCAGGGGCAAAGUCAUUACCAAGCAAUGAUGAGCCUUGGCAUCAUAUCCGUCGAGGCAACCUUCCAGCUCUCCCACAGAAGCUCUCUGAAGACUUUUACAACUUGCUUGAGCUUAUGAUCCAUCCUAAACCAGAGGACAGACCAACAGCAGCUGCUUUGGCUAGGAGCACAGUCCUUAGACCCUCUUUGAAUAUAACUGCAGAACUUCAGAAGGAGCUGGACAGAGAAAAGUCUAAGACGGCUGAGUUGGAGAGGGAACUAAAAGAAGUUCAUCUUGCCCAAAGCCACCAAGAAGAUACCAGUCAAUGUUCUCCUGGAUCCCUUGCGGUCAUUGCUGAAACUGGGUCAAGUAGCUCCAGUAGAUUGGUGGGAGGGAAAACCAAAAGGUCACAUAGUUUCACCUUUGGGAAAUCUGAGUAA